AUGGUUUGUGAGGACUUUGGAACCGAUGUAAACUUGGUCAGUAUCGAGAUGAGUUACUUACCUUCCGAUUUGGUGAUUGGCCUCGACUCACCCCCUGUUUUCAUCACCAAUGAUCGGCAACUCAAAAAAUUUCUUACAUACGUGAAGACCAAAGCUUCAACGCGGUUAUGUGUGUGUAUUCGAUCUAAGGUUGGAUUUAACUUGAAUGAGGAGCCUGCUGAGUCACCUAACAGAGAGGAAGUGGGUAUGUCGUGUGAAGUUUCAGAUGAUAUUGAUGGUGAAGCCGAGCUUGAAGCAGAAGAUGCGAAGAUAGAUGAAAGUGAUGAUGAAAGCAAGUGUGAGAAAGAUAUGAUCAAUGGAAGGUCUGUCCGUUUUUCUCUGGUUGAUGUUGUGAAGAAGGGUCAACAUUUUACUAGCAAAAUAGCUUUGCAGGCAAUAAUGGAAAUAUGCGCAAUGAAACAUAAUUUCGACUACAAGGUUGGCAAAACGGAUAAAAGAGUUUGGUACGUUUGUUGCGCGGAUGAUGAUUGUCGCUGGCGUGUUCGCGCAGAGGGAUUAACAGGUUCUUCAUAUUUUAUCAUCAAAAAGUAUGUGACUGAUCAUUCAUGUGCUCCAUCAUCAAGGAACCACUCUGUUCGGACAGCUUCAUCAAAAACAGUUGGUAGUCUUAUUAUGCAUAAGUACGAAAGUAUCAAGGAAGGGCCGAAACCUAAUGAUAUCAUCCAGUUUAUGCGUAAUGAUCAUGGAGUUGAGAUAUCCUACUCUUUAGCUUGGGAGGCACGUGAGUAUGCAAUAAAUGUUGUGAGAGGCAUUCGGAGAAGGGUUAUGAAAAAGUUCCCAAAUACUUGCACAUGA